AUGACUGCACCUGAAGAAUCGUCCUUCUCCUUUGACCAAGUUGUGAACGUCGACAACUUUCAGAGUGUCCAUGCUGAGCUCCUGCAGCCUCUUGCUGACUCCAUGUCCGCGGGUUAUAACGGAGCUCUGCUGAUAUGUGGAGUCCCCACAGAGAGGACUUGCUCUCUGAUUGACCACAGCAUCAUCAAACAGCUCCUGGCAGAGCUGUUCAGUCGCAUCUGGUCACAGGUGAAAGAGGAGUCGCUCAUCUCCGUGUCGUUCCUCCAGUUUUAUCCAGAUGGCAGUGCUGUGGAUGUGCUCAGCCCUAAUAGACAGACGUUAAAACUUGUCACACACCCAGUCCUUGGAAGAUGUAGUUUCCUGUUCUCAGUGGCUGUUGAGUGGAAACUUCAUCGGGAGGAGGAGGAGGAGGAGGAGGAGGAGAUUUGCCGCAGCCGGCUGCAGCUGUUCACCCUGGCAGGAGGAGCGAGCAGCACGGACCUCAGAGGUGUCAGUCCACUGGUGAAGGUUGUGGACCAGAUCUCAUCCGGAGCGUCAACAGCUGACCAGCUCCUCCCUCUCCUCCUUCACGAGGCCUUGACAGGAAACAGCAGAGCGGUCCUCAUUUACUGCAUCAACCUGCAGGGCCUUCUGGAUUAUGAGACCCCCUCUUCCUUAGCUUUGGCCCAGAAGGUCAGGGGCUUAGUGAAUAAAGCCACUGUUGGUCGAUGGAGUCCAAGAGCGGCCGAACGGGAGAUCCGGGAGGAAAUCAUGACUCUGCAAAACAUGAUGAUGUCACAGGGUGGAAGAGAAGUUCAGAACACUCACAGGCUGGCAGAGCUGACUCAUCACCUACAGAUUGUGAAGAAUCAGUCAUGGGAUAGAAGGAGGGAUGAGUCAAAGAAAAUAAAAAGCAAAACACAGGAGCGCCGUCAGACCCCGAACCGCAACUGGCACAUCAGUGAUCACAGACAGGAAACUGACAAAAAGAAGCAUUUACAAGACCAACUGAAACUAGAGAUGCAAGAACACAUCAGAGGUAAUGUGCCGUGGUAA